GAAAGAAGCACCCCCCCACACACGUCUCUGCAAGCCGACCCCCUUUUCCUCUGCCCAUCUUUAAAUUUUGGGGAUUGGGGUGCAUUUCUCCAGCGCAAUGAAGGGUUGUCAAAAUGACUGCGCCACUGGGUGUAUGGAGGCAGCCACAAAGCAUGCGAUCGAAUCUUUCAAGGCUGCUGAUCUAAUCAUCACCCCGUCUGCAACUUUCAAAGAGAAGCCAGACCCGAAAGGCCUGGUGUUUGGGACUGUCUUCACAGACAACAUGCUCUUCAUCGAAUGGUCGCUGGCUUCCGGGUGGGAGAAGCCUCACAUCAAACCUCUGGAAAACCUCUCACUGCACCCCUCCAUCUCUGCUCUUCACUAUGCCGUAGAACCAAGAGGACUGACAGAGGCGAAACUGCUCCAAAUGCUAUGGCUCAAUGAAUAUACACUGUUCGAAGGCAUGAAGGCCUACCGAGGGGUGGAUGGCAAAAUCCGCUUGUUCCGCCCGGGACUCAACAUGGACAGGAUGCUACGGUCAGCUCUGCGGGCGACUUUGCCGGGAUUUGACAAAGAAGAGCUUUUGGAGUGCAUCCGGAAACUCGUGGAAGUCGAAAAGGAGUGGGUGCCGUACUCGACCGCCGCUAGCUUGUAUAUUCGCCCUACUUUAAUUGGGACAGAGCCGUCCCUUGGAGUCAAGAAGCCGUCUAAAGCCCUCCUCUAUGUCAUACUGAGUCCUGUGGGCCCGUACUUUUCAAGCGGCAGCUUCAACCCCAUAGCCUUAUGGGCAGAUCCAAAAUAUGUCCGAGCCUGGAAAGGAGGAACCGGGGACUGCAAGCUGGGAGGGAACUACGGCUCUUCUAUCUAUGCCCAGCGGGAAGCCAUGGAAUUAGGCUGCCAGCAGGUUCUCUGGCUGUACGGAGACGACCAUCAGAUAACGGAAGUCGGGACCAUGAAUCUCUUCCUGUACUGGCGAAAUGAAGAUGGAGAAGAGGAGCUGGCGACCCCACCCCUAGAUGGCAUCAUUCUUCCUGGCGUGACAAGACAGAGCAUUUUGGACUUGGCGAGCAAGUGGGGAGAAUUCAAGGUGUCAGAGCGAUAUGUCACCAUGAGCGAUCUGAUAGCUGCUUUGAAGGAAAAUCGAGUGAAGGAGAUGUUUGGAGCUGGGACAGCUUGUGUUGUGUGCCCCAUUUCUACAAUAUUAUACCUUGGCGAGAAUUUGCACAUUCCAACCAUGGAAAACGGACCUCAGUUAGCUACACGUUUCUUGAACCAGCUGAGUGAUAUCCAAUACGGAAGGGAAGACAGCGAGUGGGCGGUCAUCGUGUCGUGAGCAGGGAAGAGCGGCGAAGGCCCAGACCUUCGGUCCACACCACAAGGCAGGCUGAAGUACCACCUGAGCGAUGACCAGUUUUACCGUAGCUCCGUGUAGAGUAGUCUCUGUGUUUAUCACUUUGUCCCUGGGCUGGGAGGGUGAUUAUUUCCACGUGACAGGGAGUGUGAACACAAACCGUUUUUGAUUUUUUCUACUGUGAUUUUUUGCUCUAGAGUAGAAACCUGUCUUCUGGUAGAGGUGCUAGUGUAAGCAAUAGACACUUCCCCCCCCCCCGGAACGGUUUGCUUUGUUUCGCUUGUGUCCCUGGUACAGUCGACAGGUGUGUUUUCAAGCAAAAAUGUUCUUCAACUGCUCUUCAGUGCAAGCCAAAUAUGACUUUACUUAACUUCUAAAGCACAGACAAGGCUGUUCCAUGCAACCCAAUUGCCAAAUUACUCAGAGAAACCCUUUGGUGUCUCUGGAGUCUUCUCUUUGUUUCCAGCCUUGGAAGAUCACAACAUUGAUCUUCAUGAUAGAGAUGUAUCUUGCCUUCAUUUUGAGGGGUGGGGUGCUGUGAAACAUUUCUCCUGCACUCAGUGGGAUCUCCUUUAGUAUGUUUCCUACUUCUUCGUGUUGGUCACCAAAGCCAUGUCUCAUAGCUGUGGAUCCUUCUAAGAAAGGAUAGGAUCAGAUUUCCCUGCAGUGCCCAAUGACAACAUGCCUUGAGUGGGUUCAGAUGACCUCUUUUUUUCCUCCCUCACUGAAAGUGAUUUCCGCAGUCAUCGACACCGGCCCUACCGUUAGGCAGCUUGAGGCAACUGCCUCAAGCUGCAGAUGCUGGCAAAGUGCUAGAGGGCAGAGCUGUGCAUGCUAAGCUAUCCUGUUGUCUUUGUGUGCAGUUUCCUUACUAGUAGGGAAGUCACAUUCAGCCGACAGUUUGUCUGCAAGGGAAGGGGGCAGGAUCUUGCCCUUCACCUCAGGCAGCAAAAUGUCCUGGGCCAGCUCUGUGAAGUAUUGUGUGAAACUAAACUGUUGGGUGGAGCAAGGGGGGGGGGGUUUCCACUGUGCAAUGGCUUCCCCAUCCAUUACAUUUUGAGCCAGUUACCAGAUAAUGUGGCUAUCACACAGCCCAGCAAACUUUAAAAUCCCUUUGGGCAUUCCAGUUCUGUGUAGCUUCUACAGCAGCUUGUCGCUGGAAGCAAGUGGCUGUGGAGUCCAAUAUAAUUCAUUCCACCAUCUGGCUCCCCUCUUCACCUGUAACACUGCCAAGUUGAAGAGGGAAGCUGCUCAUCUGACUACAGCCUAUGCCAACUGGAAGAGCCAACAAGGUGCUGUCUCAAGCAUCCUGAGAUGUUGGAAAGUCUCCAAACUUGAACCCCAAGGUCCACUGACCAGAGGUCGUUGCAACGUAGGGGUAGAUGCACAAUGGUGGCUCAGCAGCUCAUUAUCUUCUGUACCCCAUGAGCCAAAUCUGAUCUACCACAGGUCAGGGAUUCUAGUUUGGAAUGCAAAGCCAUUUGGUUCCUGCCUCUCUUAAAAGAAUUGGGAGACAGAAACACUUGUGGAUCCGAAUCUGCUUUCUGACCAUCCUGGUCGAGACCAUGCUGCCCUCAUCUCUAACAUCUAACGGGCCUUUUAGAGAUGGGAAAUGCAGGAGACUGGAAGAGAAGCGGUUCACCUUCUGCUUUUGCACCGCCCCUUCCUCUCAUUUUACACCCCUCUCCGCUUCUCCUUCUCCUGCAUAUCUCCAGUACUGUCCGUAUGUUCACGGCUCUGAAAUUCGGAUGCUUCCACCUAAAUGUGGAAUGUGCAUGGCGGACCCAGCACUGCUCAGUGAUGCAACCUCCACACAAUGACACCCUCAUUAAAAUGUCCUUCCAUCUCGCCGCCCACCCCAAUCCAAACGCA